UCACGGUUACUUCUACUCUCCCGUGAUUCAUAUUCGACAGAAUCACGUUCCAGCGGCUCAUCUAGACCAGGGCACAUUGCCGUCCUUUUCAAACCGCAACUCAAUCCCGCGACCCCCUCGUGGCUCGCCUAUUUGGCUCGCUAUCAUUAGCAUUCCACCAAGGGCAGUCACGUUCGAUUGGCGUCGCAUAAUUUAAUAUCAGCGACAAUCCGGCCGCCAAACAUGGCGAGCUCACCGCCAUCGUCGCCUGGCAUGAUGCCCCCACGUCCUGUGAGCGCCAUGGUCAAACCAGCGUCUAGGAGUACGAGUCGAUUGAGCAUGAGCAGUAAGGCAGGUGGUGGAAGCAGGGCAUCGGACGAAGAUGGAAGAACUGCGGUCAAAGUUGCGAUUCGCGUGCGCCCACCGCUAAAGCCCACAGACCCGGGCUUCGAACUAAUACCACAAAGAUUUCAACGAUCCAUGGUCCAGGCCACGUCUGCCACGAAUAUAGCCAUCGAUGCGCCACAGGGCAAAAAGCUUUUCGUAUUCGACCGCGUCUUUGGGCCUGAGAUCGACCAGGAGGGCGUUUGGGACUAUCUGAACGAGAGCGUGGGUGCUUUCCUGCAAGGUUACAAUGUUUCAAUCCUUGCAUACGGUCAGUCUGGUGCUGGAAAGUCUUACACUAUGGGCACGUCCGGGGAGCAAGCAGAUUUGGAAGUAAUGGGAGUCAUUCCGCGAGCGGCUACCGCUCUCUUUGAGAGGCUCGAAGGACCACCUCCCCCAAAGAACCCCAACCGCAAUUCCAUGUCACAAUUGAGGACUCCAUCACGAUAUUCUGUGUCGGCGUCGUCGUCGACACCGAAAGGCGAGAAAAACUGGCAGCUGAAAGCAACAUAUGUGGAGAUCUAUAACGAACAGCUUCGAGACCUACUGGUCCAGGAAGAAACACCAGUUCACGAGCGAGGCAAUGUUGCAAUCCGCGAGGAUACCAAGGGCAACAUUCUUCUGACCGGCCUACGGCAGGUCGAUAUCAACUCCGUCCAUGAUUUAGAGAAUGCAUUGAGUUUUGGUUCUAUGAUUCGGCAGACAGACUCCACGGCCAUCAAUGAAAAAUCGUCUCGUUCGCACGCCGUAUUUAGUUUGAACUUGGUUCAGCGCAAACAGAAAACUACUGCUGCUGCGGAAAAGCGAUUUUCUGUACCACUCGAAGCCAUGUCAGGAGCAGAAACUUGGGUCACAACUGACAGUAAGCUUCACUUUGUUGACUUGGCCGGCAGUGAGCGUCUGAAGAACACAGGCGCUCAAGGUGAGCGCGCCAAAGAGGGUAUCUCCAUCAACGCCGGUCUGGCUGCUCUUGGCAAGGUCAUCUCACAGCUCUCGUCCAGAAACCCUGGUGCACAUGUCUCUUACCGAGAUUCUAGGUUGACGCGUCUGCUUCAAGAUUCGCUUGGCGGUAAUGCUAUAACAUAUAUGAUCGCCUGUGUCACACCAGCCGAGUUUCAUCUCAGCGAGACUUUGAAUACCGUGCAGUACGCGCAGCGAGCCCGAGCAAUCCAGAGCAAACCUAGGAUCCAGCAGGUAGAGGAAGGCGACAAGCAAGCCAUCAUCGAGCGCCUCAAGGCUGAAGUUGCUUUUCUGCGAGAGCAGAUCCGCAGUGCCGAACGUGGUGGCAGUGAACGACGCAAUCCCGCGGCAAGUGAGAGACCCGAGCGACACAAUGAACGGGAAAACGAGUUACAAAACCAACUUUUGGACGUUCAGGAAAAUUAUACAACUUUAAGUCAGCGUCAUGCCAAGCUCAUUGCGGAGAUGGCUAGGGCCAGGGACAACGAGGUAUCUUCCGAGGGCCACUCUGACAGUAUGGGCGAUACAGCCACGGAACGACUCAACCGGUCCAACUCCUUUGCGCAAGCAGUCGAGCAGGUCGUGUUAGAAUACGAGAAGACCAUACAAACACUCGAACAGUCCCUCUCAAGCACUAGAACCAGUCUUUCUAACACAGAAACAAACCUCCUGGAGAAGGAAAGCAAGUGUGCCUAUGUUGAAACCAUCAAUACGCAGCUCCAGGCUCGUUUGCAGAAGCUGAUGGAUCGUGAGGUUAAUACUGAGAGCUACUUACACGAUCUAGAGACCAAGCUUGAUGGCCACACGUCUGGGGAGGAAAAGAAUGCGACCAUCGUCUUGGAGUUACGCAAGGAGAUCGCACGUGCGAGAGAAAAUGAAGUAGCCUGUGAGGACUACAUUUCAACCCUCGAGGAGAGGCUAGCGGAAGCCGAUCAAGACAGCGAAUUGAUGCAGCGUGAAAUCGACCGUCUAGAACAGGUCAUUGAACGGCAACGAAGUCUGGGCAAGCUCGACAACCUACUUUACGAGCUGGACAACAUUCAGAAAGACGGUACUGACCAAGCUGAGUCAGAAAACCCCAAUGGUUUCGGUCACCGCCGCAAUUUCUCUGAGCGAUCGGUUAAGAGCCACAUGAGCCGCACGUCGGUCAGCCAUGCGCGCCGGGACCUCCCUGACGUCGGCGAGGAAGAUGCCGAAGAGGAGGCAGGUGCCGAUCAGGUUGCCAAGGGCAAGUCUGCCCAGUCCGCAAAUGCGAUUACGCCGGAAGAAGAUAGGACCAAAGUCGAAAACAGAGAAGGGCCAGCUGACUUAGAGUUCCCACCACCAAGUCCAGCACAGAGUAAAUUUGUCGCUGACAAGCUCGAAAAUGUGACCGAGGAACUGAUCCAUCUUCGUGUUGAGCACGAGACCACAUUGAAUGAUUACGACACCCUCCAGGCCAAGUAUGAAGAGACACUGAGGACAUUGUCUGAGCUCCAAGAUGCGAUUGAUGAGGCUAAGCACCCUAGUCGUAGCCGAGACUCUCUACUGUCGGUGAACUCUCCAGACCAAACCCGGCCUCCGUCUUUUUUAUCCGACGCCAAGACCAACGACACAAAGGAUGGGACCCGCUUCUCAUCGCGAUCGCUCUCCUCGGAGUUAUCCUCAGCUAUGGAAUCCCCAGCCACUAUCGAUUCGCCAACUGAUGUUGAGACGAUCAAGCCAACAGAGUCUCUCGACACCCUUCCUGAGGAGCCUAUGGCUUCAGCACACUCAAGUCAUGAAGAACUCACAUCCGAGCUGGAGCAGUUGAAGUCGUUGGCAGCCGAAAAGGAGGCAGCGGAGAAAGAGCUUACCGAGAAGUACGCCGAGCUCGAAGAGAAGCACAGCGCUACUUUGGACAUGGUUGAAGAGCUCAAGACCGAGAUGGCAAAGGCCAAAUAUGCCGAGCCGCCAUCUCCCCGAAGUGCUACACCAGUGAUUCGCCGCAAAUCCAGUCAAAAUGUCAUGAUCAUUGACAGAGCGCACAGGUCGUUCGCACAGCUCCGAAAUAUUGCAGCUGAAAAUUUCGAAGACGAGCCAGAUGUUAUGCAAAACUUCGAGAUCAACUUGAAUGCUGCGAUGCACGAACUUCACUCCAGAUCGGAACGCAUCCAGGAGCUUGAAGCCGAUGUUGCGAAUGCCAAAAAGGAAAUGGAGACAAAAAUGACCAUUAUUUCUGGUCUUACACGUGAACGAUCAAGUUUGAAGUCAAGCCCAAUGGAUAUGUCGGUCAUCUCGACAUUGAAAACCCAACUUGAGCGUAAUGAGCAACAGCUCAAGACACUGCAAGAAGCAUAUACAGCGCGGGAGUCAGAGCUUACGGCCGAGCUAGAGGCCCUUCGCAAGAAUAUUCAUGAGACUUCUGUGAUCGGAUCUGCCGCAACGGAUGACGAGAGCUCCAGGGAGCUUUCUGCCGUCAAGGCCGAGCUUGCCGCUGCUCAAGAGAAGAAAAUCACAGAUCUUGAAGUCGAACUGGCCAACUGGGAGAGCAAGCACCAGGCUGCUUUGGAGACCAUGCAAGUCACUGAGAAGCAGAUGAAGCAGACCAUCGAGGAGUUAGAGGCGCAAGUUGCCGCAGCCAAUGAGAAAUUUAACGAGACGAAUGAGACCAUCCGUGAUGAAGACAAGGCAAAGGAAACUGAAGCCAAACAUCAGGAAUUAGUCACAAUCCUACGAAAUGAGAUCGAUGAGUACAAGUCCAUCAUCGAUACGAACGCUACCAAGGUUGCCGAGCUCGAGGAAGCACACUUCGCCACCAAGGCUCAAUUGGGCGAGGCUACUCAAGCUCGCGAAUUGGCUUCAACUUCCCACAAGGAUGUUAUUAGCAAACUCGAAUCUCAAAUUGGUGAGCAUGAGCAAGCUCUAAAGACUCACCAGGAAAGUCUACAGCAAGUUCAUGCCGACUAUGCCAAGAGUAUUGAUGACAUCAAAUCUAGCUCGAAGCAGGAACAUGAAUCCCAACUUGCUGUUCUUAUGUCUGAACAUGCCGAGCAAGUCAAGCUGUUGGAAAAUGACUUGGCCGAAGCACGCGAAGAGCUCAUGAGUGUUGCCAACCAAGUUGCACUCGCUCUUGGUGUCGAUGCUAGCAUCGGGAAAAUCAACGAACGAGUGGAGGAACUCAUCGCAGAUCAGAGAGCUUUGGUCGCUGAGCAACAAAAGAAGGUUGAACUUGAGAGCCAUGUCAGCGAGUUGUCAUCUAUCAACAACACGAUCAUGCGUGACCUUGAGGCUGUGAAAUCCGCGCUCAACGAGAUGCUCAAGGUGGAUGGCGAGAACGUCAAGAGCCCAUACCCCUCUGUGGUCGAGCAGCUUGCAGCGGUCAGAAAGAAGUUUGGGGAUCUGGAGGUCAAGAACAAGAAGCACUCUCGCCUCGUCGAAGAACUGGAAGAUCAACUCCAGACCAACUACGAUCAGGCUCAGGUUACAAGUAACCGUCUAUCCACACUGCAGUCGGAGCGUCAAGCCCAAUACGAGGCAGCAACGACCGCAAGGAUCAAGACCCAGUCUGAAUUGGAGCAGCUCCGCGAAGAACAUGCUGCACUUCAGACUCGUUUUGAGCAAGCUCAAGGUGUCGAGCGAUCAAACUCGAUCAACUCACAGCUUCGCAAGACUGCAUCGCAUGCGUCACUUCCGUCACCACCGCCCGCCAUUCCCCUUCCUCCUCUACCUGGUGGUGGCUCCACAUCACCUCCCCCAGGUGCACAGCCACCAUCUGUUGGCCGUCCCGUGAGCAACGAUCUUGCUAUGGUUCAAAUUAGAGAAGACCAAGAAGCUCGCAUUCGUACGAUUGAGCGCCAUCUUAACGCGGAGAAGCAAUUGACUUCCACCUUGGAGGAGGCUCUCACUGACUUGGAGAGACAAUCCAACAAGGUCAAGGCCGACUGCGAGGCUUGGCGAAAACGCGCUGUAGAGCUGGAGGGCGAAGUCAAAGAGCUCAAGGACAAGCCAGUCCAAGACAGCAGGUGGCGUGACAGUCUUCACCAGGUUGAGGAAGAACGCAAGAAGCGGCAGGACGCGGAGAGGGCCGCUGCGCAUCUCCAAGAACGGAUGGCAGCGAUCAACCAGAAGAAAAAGAAGAAGGGCAGUCUCAAUUGCUUCUAGGUCAAGUUUUGUCUGGCAGUGCUCAUUCUCUCCAUCUUGGCGUUGGUUAUAUGCUUUUGCUUUUUGGUCUUACGGACUUCAUCAUCUUCGUCAUUACCGCAUAUCCCGACACAUCACGAGCAAUUGCAUUACACCUGCUCUCGGCAAGGCAUUAUUGCUUGGCCGUUGUGUUUUGCAUGAACAUUUCUCAAGUUCUGCUUAUUAAUCCCUACAUCGCCGGUUUCCACCUAUACCCCAUUCGAGCGGCGUCGCGGUACAGACUCUAGGUCCGUUUAC